UGCUCGUUUCUUGCCACUAUUUUGGCGAGUGUUGCGAGUGUUCUCCCGCGGAGAAGAAGCCCCUCCCCCCCAAACACCGCCACGCUCGAUGCCUUCCGCGGAGACGAUGACUUUUUUCCUCCUUUCCCUUCUCCUGAUGUCGCGAGAGUGUCUCUCAUCCAAGGGAGAGGACAGGCUGUUCCGCCGCUUAUUCCGGAGAUAUAAUCAGUUCAUCCGGCCGGUGGAGAACGUGUCGGACCCAGUGACGGUAGAGUUUGAGGUCUCCAUCUCUCAGCUGGUCAAAGUGGAUGAAGUCAACCAGAUCAUGGAAACCAACCUGUGGUUGAGACAUAUAUGGAAUGACUACAAGCUGAGGUGGCUGCCGGCGGAGUUUGACGGCAUCGAGUACAUCCGAGUUCCGUCCAAUAAGAUCUGGAGGCCCGACAUCGUGCUCUACAACAACGCCGUAGGCGACUUCUUAGUGGAAGAUAAAACCAAAGCUCUGCUGAAGUACGACGGCACGGUCACGUGGAUUCCGCCUGCUAUCUUCAAGUCCUCCUGUCCCAUGGACAUCACCUACUUCCCCUUCGACUACCAGAACUGCUCCAUGAAGUUCGGCUCGUGGACCUACGACAAGGCCAAGAUCGACCUGGUGCUGAUCGGCUCCAAAGUCAACCUCAAGGACUUCUGGGAGAGCGGCGAGUGGGAGAUCAUCGACGCGCCGGGCUACAAGCACGACAUCAAGUACAACUGCUGUGAGGAGAUCUACCCGGACAUCACCUACAGCUUCUACAUCCGCCGCCUGCCGCUCUUCUACACCAUCAACCUGAUCAUCCCGUGCCUGCUGAUCUCCUUCCUGACCGUUCUGGUGUUCUACCUGCCGUCGGACUGCGGCGAGAAGGUCACGCUGUGCAUCUCCGUGCUGCUCUCGCUCACCGUCUUUCUGCUGGUCAUCACCGAGACCAUCCCGUCCACGUCGCUGGUCAUCCCGCUGAUCGGCGAGUACCUGCUGUUCACCAUGAUCUUCGUCACGCUCUCCAUCGUCAUCACUGUGUUCGUGCUCAACGUGCACUACCGCACGCCCACCACGCACGCCAUGCCCGGCUGGGUGCGCGCCGUCUUCCUGCGGGCGCUGCCGCGCGUCAUGCUGAUGCGGCGGCCCCCGGAGCGGCCGGAGGCGCCGGGUAAGGGGGGAGCGCGUGAGUGCGGCGGCGUGAGGGGAGGAGGGGAAGCGACAGUGGGGAAGAAGGGCAGCGCCUCCCAGCGGGAGGCGACGAAGGGCGCGGAGGUCGGCGAGGGGAGGAAAGCAGGCUGCCCGUGCCAUCCCGCCAAGGAGGGGCCCGAGGUGGAUUGUGGGAAAGUGAGUCGGCAGCUGAAUCCGCAGGCGAUAAACACGGUGGUGGCGUUUUCCGUCGUGUCGCCGGAGAUCAAGCAGGCCAUCGAGAGCGUCAAGUACAUCGCCGAGAACAUGAGGAGCCGCAACAAAGCGAAAGAGGUAGAAGACGACUGGAAGUACGUUGCCAUGGUGAUUGACCGCAUCUUCCUGUGGGUGUUCGUGCUGGUGUGCUUGCUCGGAACGUUGGGCCUCUUCUUCCAGCCUCUCAUUGGCUUCCUCUCGUAACCGAAGGCCAAUGACGCGCACCGGCCUACCCGUCCUAACCAAUCAGAGACGCGCGAUAUCUGUUUAAGACAAUUUUCAGAAAUUUCACACACCUUCUUGUCCCACAAAAUUCACCGCUGCUCUAUCACAGUUAAAGGAACUAUAACAGACUGGUUGCGGGUCAUGUGUGCUCACUCUUUAACCGACUGAAAGACUGUCCUGCGCUUUGCGCUUGAUAUGAUUGGCUGAAUAACUUCAGACUCUGAUGGUUAUUUGAAGUGUUUGUUUUUAGGUUCGUCUAACACAGUCACAUUUGUUGUCACUCUGACAAUUUGGUCUCCUGUCCCAGUCUCGCACACUCACUUGCAUGGAUAUCGCACUAAAAAAAAUAAAAA